GCUAAGGGGCGGGGCGGCCGGAAGGGCGGGCCGACGGGCGGCCACUUCCGCUUCCGCCGGUGAGGAACCGGGGCCGUAGUCAUGAAUCGCUUCAAGUUUGUGGAUAUUGGUAUCAACUUGACAGAUCCUAUGUUCAGAGGAAUUUAUAGGGGGGUUCAAAAGCAUCAAGAUGAUUUACAGGAUGUAAUACAGAGAGCUGUCCAGAUUGGUGUUAAAAAGUUUAUGAUUACAGGCGGAAAUCUACAAGACAGUAAAGAUGCACUGCAUUUGGCACAAACAAAUGAUAUGUUUUUCAGUACCGUUGGAUGUCAUCCUACAAGAUGUGAUGAAUUUGAAAAGAAUAAUCCCGAUCUUUACUUAAUGGAGUUGCUAAAUCUUGCUGAAAACAACAAGGGGAAAGUUGUAGCAAUAGGGGAAUGUGGACUCGAUUUUGACCGACUACAGUUUUGUCCCAGAGAUACUCAGCUCAAAUAUUUUGAAAAACAGUUUGAACUGUCAGAACAAACAAAAUUACCCAUGUUUCUUCACUGUCGAAACUCACAUGCUGAAUUUUUAGACAUAAUGCAAAGAAAUAGAGAUCGGUGUGUAGGUGGAGUAGUGCAUUCAUUUGAUGGCACCAAGGAGGCCGCAGCUGCUUUGAUUGACUUGGAUCUCUAUAUAGGAUUUAAUGAUGCACCUUGGUGUGGAGUCAAAAAUACACAUGCUGGUUCAAAAUUCAUAAAAACUUCAUUUCCUACCAAAAAGAAGUGGGAAAAUGGGCACUGUCUGAAAGACAGAAAUGAACCCUGCCACAUAAUUCAAAUUCUGGAGAUAAUGUCAGCAGUAAGAGAUGAGGAUCCACUGGAAUUAGCCAAUACACUAUAUAACAACACCAUUAAAAUAUUUUUUCCUGGCAUGUAAUUGGUAUAUCUUCCAUGUUCCAUCACGUAUGUAUUAUUUCAUGGUAAAACUUAAAAGUUUCAAUAAAGGCAUUCUCUGGAAGUUGUCUAAGAGGUAUUAUAUAUAACUAUACGCCAUCCCUCUCAUUUUUAUCCAUAAAGACAGAUCAGGAUUUUAUUUUAAUGUCACUUCAUAUCUUAGCCUAAAACAAAAACCUCCGAGUAUUUCAUUUUGUAAUCUCUUCAAAAGUCCAAAAGGACAAUUUUUAUGUCAAUGCUACAAGCAUAGAAUGGCUAACAUACUGAUUUUUACAUCAAAAUUAAACAGAAUGUUCUGGUUUUUACCAAGGUUUAGUUGAUAAAAGCCUAUUUCUCAACUCUGUCUCUGAAUCAAGACUUUCAAACUCAGUUCAAUUGUAACACUACUCUCAAAUUUCAGAAAGUGUCUCAAUCACUUCUGAAAGCCUACUUUUCCCUUAGUUAUAAAAUCCAUAUAGCCUUUAUCCUCUGGUCCAAAUUGUUUCCUUGACU